CUGCGUCAUGGGUAUUUACGAUGCCAGUGCGAUUCAUGCGAAUGGCCGCCGAAAGUCACCUCUCACGCGCAAUCUUACUCAUCCCAAAAUCACCGAAAUCAAACAACCCGAAGGGUGAACGCACUCGCUUUAGCACCUCGCGCGGAAAUUGCAAAAUCUGGCUUAUGUAACUGAAAAGUGGGGCCACUCGUUAUAAAUUAUUCCGAAUCAAUCUCAAAAAACACAAUAUGUGCAACCAACUCGCAAUUGCAAUAGCCGCCCUGGCAAGUUUCACUCAAAUCACUGAGGCAGACCUGCCUUUGCCCCUAGUCAAAAAAUUCCAAAAAUCGCAACCCCCGAACUGCCAACAAUACACGGAGCAACUGGUCAGCCUCUUUACCCUAAUGUGCAAUAAUGUGGCCUUAAACGACGAGGAUAAUUUGACGAGGGAUGCGUGCGUUGGGUGCUUCCAGCAAGCUUCAAUCUCCAAUAACAAUCAACCGUCUUUGCCCGCUUUAAUGAACUGUGCGGAAAAUUAUCUAGCUGGGACGCGAUACGAAGAGUGCUCCUCUCAAAUAGACGCGAAUCCAGGCCCAGGCCCGUGCGUGGCGGGUUACUGCCGGUUCGUAACUUGCAUCCGACGCAUCAACUCGGAUUUGCUGAUAGCCCAGUGCUACGCAGAAGCGUCCGCUGAUAACGACGCACUUUUCGAAGAAGAUCAGAUCAUCCUAGUCAAAAACAUAACGUCCUGUAUUUUAGCGCGGACAAGAUGCGCACCCAUAAAUCCGAUAAGUGGGCAACAGCAGUCGAGCUUUGUCACCACAACCACUUACGAUAAAUGGGGAAAACCGAAAACCGCGACUAUACCUUUGUAUAAUUCGCUCCAAAUCACUCCCGAGGGUGAUUUGCGCAUUAUUCAACUUCCAGGAACGACAAAGAUUCAAAAUUAUUUCUGUACAGCUCAGCCGAAUUUACGAGAAUCGUCGUGGCUGGAAUAUUCCUGUUAACAAAGCAAAUAACUUGUUUUGAAUAUAUUAUAAAUAAAUUAAUGAAAUAUUACAAAA